AUGCCGGAAGGGUGCCUUGAAGGAGGGUACGAGGCAGACGGCAAAAUACUAUAUGUCGUAGCUGCCUACGUUGAUGGCACCUUUACACCUGGAAAAUACGGUCAUCAUCUUAGUGGAGCCUGUAUUCCCUGGGAGCACGCCUCCGACGGAAACAUUCCCCAAAAUGCUCUAAGGGUGGAUGAGGAGAUGCCCAGUAAGGGUGAAGGGCUAUACAUUGGUCGUGUCAACCAUGCGGGGAGUCUUAUUCCAUGUAAAGUUCAUAGAUCGCACAAAUGUGCUUAUUUUGGUUAUGAUGGGAAAGAACACAAAGCCAAGGAGUAUGAGGUGCUCGUCUGCACAUUGAAGUCUGGUCAACCAGGGGAGGAGGGGGAGGGGCAGAAAGAGCUCAAGGAAUAG